AUGUUCGAAAACUCAAAUAAUCAAAAAGACUAUUAAAAAGAGAAUUAACUUAUUAAAUAGUAAUUGCUCUAAUAUUGGGUGAAGAUCUCAAAAACACUUGAUGAAGAAUACGAAGAAAUUCUUUAAUUAGGGUCUGACUCUGAUCCUAAUGAUAUUAUUAAUGCAUUGAUCAUAAUUGAAGAUGCUAGAUAAGAAUAAUAAAAGGUAUAAUUAUUAAUAUUGAUUUAGUUAGAUAAACAGUAAUUAGAGGAAUUGAAGAAGUAAAUUGAAUCUUAAAAUGAAGAAAUUAUUACUUUAUAAUAGUAAAAUUAGAAAUCAUCAUAAAUCAACAAUAAGCAGGAAUUUAACCCUGAAAUUAGAUAAUUAGAAAUAAAAAUAAAUGAAUUAUCUUUAGCUCUUGUAAAAAGCAAGGAAGAAAAAGUUAUAUAUAUGGAGUAAGCUUAGAAAUAGAUAUAACUUCUUAAAGAAUAAGAAUUAGAAUUAAAAAGUUAAUUAUAGAGGCUUUAAUUUGAAUAAUCAAAGAAAUCUUCUUUUGCAGAACCAGAAGAGAAUUUAGAAAAAAGUUCAAAAGAUUUUCUUGAUGAAGAUAUAACACGUUAAUCUGUUUCACCUUAAACAUAAAAAACUAAAUUAGAUUAUUCUAAAUUAAGUCUUAAUUAAAAUUUGAAAAAACUAACUAAGGUGGAUUAAGUUCAAGGAGCAUCAUUAACAUCAUUUAAGUUUGGCAAUAAAUGA